UGUGGACUGUGUGGGAGACGAGGUUACUAUGCCGAACAGGCAGCAGCUAACCUUCCUGGAUCCCCGAUGACCUCCAGAACCGGGUCUUCAUUCAUUGCCCCGCAGCUCUUAUUGUGAAAGUCCGGGCUGUUGAAGGACAGAGGUGGCUCUAUCUGACUGACCGGUGCCGGCUGAGACAAUAAGUGGGAGCGAUCGGAUCACAACAAAAGACACAAGAUGACCGAGGGCCGCCUGUGCCAGGUUCACCUCCUGGACGGCAGGAAGCUGGAGCUGCUGGUUCAGCCCAAGCUGCUGUCACGUGAGCUGUUAGAUUUGGUGGCCUCACAUUUUAACCUGAAGGAGAAAGAAUACUUUGGAUUGUGCUUCAUAGAUGACACUGGUCAGAAUAACUGGCUCCAGCUGGAUCGUAAAGUCCUUGAUCAUGACUUCUCCAAGACUUUGGGCCCGCUGGAACUCAAGUUUCUUGUGAGGUUUUACAUUGAGAAGAUCACCUUUUUGAAAGAGAACACAACAGUGGAGCUGUUCUUCCUGAAUGCUAAAUAUUUAGUGUUUAAUGGGACCAUCGAAGUGGAGAGCGAAAAUGUUUUCAAGUUAGCCGCAUUCGCACUGCAGGAGGCCAAAGGAGAUUACACCAGUGCUGAGACUGCAAGAUCAGACUUGAAGCAGCUCCCAGUUCUGCCCACCAGAGUAUUAAGGGAGCACCCAUCUCUCAAUUACUGUGAGGACAAAGUGAUUGAACAUUACAAGAAACUGAAGGGGCUGACCAGAGGACAAGCCAUUGUGCAGUAUCUGGCCCUGGUGGAGUCCCUGCCGACAUAUGGAGUCCAUUAUUACCCAGUGAAGGACAAGCAAGAAAUACCGUGGUGGCUGGGAGUCAGCUACAAAGGCAUUGGCCAGUACGAUUUGCAGGAUAAACUGAAGCCAAGAAAGUUGUUUCAGUGGAAGCAGUUGGAGAAUUUGUAUUUCCGUGAGAAGAAAUUUGCUGUGGAAGUGAACGACCCACACAGAAGGACUGUGACCAAGCGAACUUUCGGACAGACUGGUCUGGUUAUUCACACGUGGUAUGCCAGCCACUCUCUGAUUAAAACCAUCUGGGUGAUGGCCAUCAGUCAGCACCAGUUCUACCUGGACAGAAAGCAAAGUAAAUCAAAGAUGACCACAACCAGGAGUUCAGUCGACAUCGCCAUGGACCUCACAGAGAUCUGUGCCCCGCGGAUCGCUAAGCUUUCCAGCAUCGAGAGCAAAGACCAGCUUAUCAUGGCCAGCAACGGGAGCCUCAUCUCAGCCGGUUCUGCAGACUCUGAAGUCAGCGAGGAACAGAGGAAAGAGAAGGUGGCUGAGCUGAAAAAGAAAGAAAAGGAGCUUCAAGACACACUGACACAGAAACUUGAGGAACUGAAGAAGAUCUGCAUGAGAGAAGCUGAGCUCACUGGCAGAUUGCCUAAAGACUAUCCCUUGGCCACAGGUGAGGAGGUUCCUCAAGUACGACGCCGUGUUGGCACCGCCUUCAAGCUGGACGACCUUUUCCCCUACGAUGAGGACCCACAUCUGAGGAAUCUGGAGAGCAGGUUCGCCUUGCAGCAGAAGAUCGUGGAAGCAGCCAUCAAGCUAUCCAAUGAGGGUGACCUCUGCAAGACGGUGAAGAAAAAGAGGAGAAACAACUGUUUGGAUGCAAUGAGGAAGCUGGAGGAGAUCGAGAAAGAGAUCAAUGCCUACAGGAUCAAGAAAGGAAAGAAACCCACUCAGAGAGCCUCACUGAUCUUAGCAGAUGAUGUCAACCCUUCAGACCUCAGUUCUCUAUCUGACAGCCUCACUCUGGAUGAUGAUGAUGAGCUCAUGUCCCAGAGGCAGCGGUCCAGAUCGGUCCAGUAUUCCCCGAGACCACACCAUGCAGAAACUCUUGACAUCCACUACAACAAAGACAGACGGGCCUCUGCCAAUGACCAGCAUGCAGACAGCAGAUUAAAUUACAGCCAAGUCCAGGAAUCACUCCACUACAGUCACCGCGAUGCCUUAUCAAGCCACAGCAGCACGUUUAAACCGGGUUCCAGACAGCCACGUGAUGCCCGCAGCAUGCCCCCCACACCCCUCCUCACCCGCAAUGCCUACAGCAGCACCCAGCUCAGAUCAGAGGACGCCCCACAACAUUUCCGCCAGCGUAGCGGUAGUCUGGAGUCCCAGUCCCAGUUCCUGACGGAGACCGAACCCCCUGUGCCAGUGUUCACCUUCUCCCCAGCCCAGCGCAGCAGCAGCACUGAGGUCCUUGAUGACGGCUCCUCCUACACAAGCCAGUCUAGUGUGGAGUACAGUGUCCCCGGUAACCCCACCCACAGACGCAGAGCUCGCGGACGCCACAGAAAAGACAUGUAUGCCAACACAGGCAGCAUGCCCAACCUGGCUCAGCCAGACACCCGCUGUUACGCCUACCAGCCUCGGGUCCGACCCACCACGACAGCCUACUAUGUCACAGGCUAUCCCAGCUACGCAGAACCAGAGCCUUACUCUAAUGGAGUCUACAUGUACGACAAUGAGAUGGAGGGACACUAUAACGUCAAUCCUUCCUAUCACCCAACCCCAACAGCUUAUCACAGCCAUGACAUGCACAGUCACUAUGGUAACGACGAGAUAGACGGCAUGUCACAGAACCCGUACGCCACACUGCGGCCGCCCAGGAACCGCCCGGCGCCCCGCAGCAACGAGCAGGUCAGCAAGAACAUCCAGAAGGCUUUGGUGGCAGAACACUUGAGAGGCUGGUACCAUCGCAACGCUGCACACAAACAGGCAGCAUACAACUACGACUACGACAGAGGCUCCCAGCAAAGCCUGGGCUAUCAGACCAUGCCUACACCCUACAGCCACAACAACAGGAACACCUCCUACUCCUCAGCGUCCUCCAGUGGAAACUGGCACAGCCACAUGAGCGCCGGUGGUAUGUUGGAAUAUGACAUGCCCAUGCAUGCGCCGCAGUCUUACUCUUACAGUACAGCCCCCUACAGCCACUCCGCCCACAACAGAUCCUACGUAGAUGUCAGCCAGAUGGACCCACACAUCAGUAAUCAAAUGAGCCCUAACCUGGAGCCAGAAGACCAGAUUUAUUGGCACGAAGACUCAAAACCAGGGACAAUAGUGUAGUUGCUGAUCUGUCAUCGUGCUAUAUUCAUUUUUCACCUUCACAAGGUGUCACUGUGCCUUAGACUGCACUUACCUGUUUUUCUGUAUGGGGGAUCCAAAGAAUGAAGGAAUUUAGCUUCUGCGGAAUUCAGCAUGUAAAGGGAAGAAGUCCUCUCAUUUUCUCUUCUCUUAAUGCAAAUGCCAAACUUUUUAAAUCAUAACAAAACCAUGCGGGAGCGUCUACAUGUCUGGAUUGCGAGUGUUUGUGGUGAUUGCACUUGUGCACUGAAACUAAACCAGGACCUGCUGUGGAUUGUGUGGUCUAGCCAAAGGGAAUGUGGACUAAGUUUCUCCAGCACAAACCAAGGACUAGGACCAUCUCUGGAAGAGGAUACUGAGCCGCAAUGAACACACACACACUUACACACAUGUAUGAGCACUGUAACCAUGAAGGAUUGAUAAGGACAUUAUCAAAAUGAAGGAACUCAUUAAAAAUGAGUGAAAGGGAUGGCUACUUCCUGGAACAUUCUGCAGUCACCAGAUUCAGUUUUAUCAAAGCAUUGCUUGUAGCUGCCACAGUGAUUCCUGUACUCUGUUUGUCAUUUACAAAGUAUUCAGUCCAUCUCACUGUCAGUACUUACAAUACAAUUGAGCCAAAUGCUUCUGUCACACCAUUCGAGUAUUACCCAAUGUCACCAACUUUAAUAUCACUGCCACAUCUUAUCAGUCAGUGCAGGAAGACAGAAAAUCCAUUUUUGUUUUUUUCAUUUUAUUUUAACAUGGUUAUUUCAUCCAUGCUGGAAAUCAUGGACUGGUGCUCCCAAUUUCUCUCAAGAGAAUGAAGUUGUAUGUAAAUGUUGGUAUUGUAAAUACACUGGUUCUGUCUUUUUUUUUUUUUUUUAGAGCAUUUUUAUGUACUUGAAAAGCAUGUAAUAUAUAGUAAACAAUUGUUGUUAAGCUGGUUCUUAGUAAUUUGUAUAAUUGCAUUUGUUUGAAUUAAAAAAAAUCAGCAUUUGA